ACCUCCCCCUUCAUUCUUCAAUGCCAUGGCCACCGUCGACGACCACCACCUCCUCCACCUAGACUCCGUCCCCGUCGUCGACCUCCGCCUCCUCACCCAAUCCGAGCUUUACUCCCUCUCCCUCUCCUCCUCCUCCUCCUCCGCAUCUCACCGCUUCGACGACGACGUUUUGAUCCCCAAAAUCGACCGCUCCGUCUUCAACGAAUCCGCCGGCAGCCGCAAACAGACCUACUCCCGCCUCCGCCUCGCCCCUCGCAACUCCCAAUUCGCCUCCUCCUCCAAUUCCAAAUCUGCCCUCCCUCCCUCCCACCUCCUCCUCUCCCAGCCGCUCGAUCGCGAGAGCCGCCAGAUUAUCUCGCUCCUCAAGCAGCUCUUCCCCUCCGACGAUCAAAACGACGACGUCCUCCUCCCCCAAACCACCACCACCACCACCACCACCACCACCCCCGUGCAGUACAAAAUCCCGCCGCGCCGACGCCUUCCUUCAUCGCCUCGGCCGGUGCCGUUUCCGGCGUCGAUUCCUCGCUCGGGAAACGGAAGCGCGGCCGGCCGCGGAAGGAUUCCAACGCCGUGAUUGCGAAACCGGAGGCCGCCGCUGUGCCGGUCAGCUCUGCUGCGUUGGCUGGCGGUGCCGGCGAGGCUGAGGAUGGCAAUGCCGGUGUUUUGAUUGAGAAGCGUGACGGUGGAGCUACGGCGGUUGGGACUUUUGUGCUGAAUAGCGAAGGACAGCUUGUGCCGAGUAGCGCGGGGAAGAGGAAGCGAGGGCGGCCGCGGAAGGAUGAGAUUAGGGUUAGGGAUGAGAGUACAGUGGCGGCUUCGGUGAGGAAACCGCCGAGAGUGAAGAAGGAGGAGGAUGGAGAGAUGGUGCUGGUGAACGUGAACGACGUCGUUGUGGAUUUGGAUGCAUUGGCCAAUGCGGACAGUGUGUUUGGGGAGGAGUUGAGGAAGAGGACAGAGGGGUUGGAGACUGAGGCGCAGUUGUUAGGGUUUCUGGAAGGGUUGGAGGGGGACUGGUCAAGUGCUAGGAAGAAGAGGAAGAUUGUGCAGGCGAGUGAGCUCGGCGACUUGUUGCCGAAGUGGUGGAAGAUCAUGCUGUCUCUCAAGAGGAAUGGAGGUCAUAAAUGGAUUGUGUGUAGGCGGUUUAUAAGCCCUAAUGGGUUGGAGUUUGUGUCGUGCAAGGAAGUUUCUUCAUACUUGCACUCUUAUUUUGGACUUGGAAGCCAGUCAAAUUCUGUUCAUACCGAUGGGAAUAUUCAGGUUUCUAAUAAAAUGGUUUUGGGAGAUGGAAUGCAACAUGAUACUAGUUUUACCUAUAAAGAUAACAACAAUGGUCAUGAGCUUCUUCGCUGCUCCCCAAUGCCCAUUACCUCUAUGAACAGCUAUGUCAAGAGCAUUGAAGCAUCAGGAGAAGUAAUGGGUAUGCGGAAAAAAUUGGAUCCUGUAAAGAAUGGUCGUUUGGGGACAUCCUUGAAAAUUCAAGAACCAGUUGAGAUAGAUGGGGAACAAACUUCUGAUAUGAUAGCCAACUAUGAUUUGAGUUCUGAUUUCUCUCUGGGUAAGGUAAAUGAUAUCAUGGCAAAAUAUUUUGGCAUAUCCAAUGAUGAAUCGAAUUCAAUGUCCUGUGAGGAGCAAGUGAUGAUGGCUGACAAAACAAUUUGCUUUUCUGAUGGAUUAAAUGAUGGUGUCAGGGUUGCCAUCAGCUCAGUUGAUGUGCCCAAAGUGGAGAUAGACAGUGCUUCAAAUGACAUGGGAAAAGAACAUGGAGCUGACAAUAUUGAUAAUCACCAAUCAACUAGCACUGUAGAUGAUAUGAAAAUUGAUGAUGUGGAUAAUUGUAGGAAUGGCAGGUCAAUAUCUGGUAUUAGUGAGAGUCACAUUGGACCUGAGACUGUAUAUAAUGUUGACCAACAAAGUACUUCAGAAGCCUGCUCGCUUGUUCCUUCAAUUGUGAUGGAGUCUCUUCAUGAAAGAGGUUCAGACAGUGGUUUAUAUAGUACAGCCACUGAUGAGAAAACAUGUGUUGUCAGUAAUAACUUCAAUAAUGAUUCAUUCCCCACAUUUUAUGAGCCCAGAUUUGAUGAUAUUGGCCUAUCUGGGAGUAAUGAGAAGACAUUUUGUUUUGGCAGCGAUCAUGCUAUGCCAGAUGUAGAUUCCAUGGAGAUCAGUGUGCGAAUUCGAAGUACUGGAAGCUAUUCAAAUGUUCCACCUCUGGAUGGACAUAGUUGUAUUAUUAAUGCAACGAAUCCCAGUUGCACAGUGGAAGAACUCUUGCAGGACAAGAGGUUAGCAAGCAACGCAUUUAAUUCAUUUGUUAAUAAGCAGACCCCUGGUAAUCUAAAUAAGGGUGCUAUUCAUACAGCAGAAGGGCAUAAAGUUGAGCAUGCCAAAAAUUAUGACAAUAGUGAGUUAAGUGUUAAUUUUGGUAGCAGGGCCACUGGAACUAAUGCAGAUACUACCUCUUGCAUUGACCAGGAAAGAAGCUCUAAAGGCUAUUCUCUUGCUUCAUAUGCGAACGAGCAUGCAUCUGUUUCGGAAAAUAGUUUUGUCUGCAAUGGCAUUUUGGAAGAACUUAAGCCCGAUAGAGGUACUUCUGAAACUGAUUUGGUUUGCCCAUCGGAAUAUCAACAAGGAUAUAAUCUGGUAAAUCAUGCAAACAACACAUCCUCAAGGCCAAUUGAAGUAUUAAAAGAGGAGGUUAAAAGAUCUUGGAAUGAUGAGGUGCUGCAUCCUUUUGGCAGCAGUCGCAGUGGACAAGAAGCGAAUGCUAUGAGUAGCACUGUGACCUCAAUAAAUUCUCAAGGACCUUCCCUUGUUAUUUCGGGGGAUAACCAAUCAUUUGCUACUGGCUCUGGCAUAUUUAGUAGCUCAGUAUUGGACGAUAAGCUGAUAAGAGUCCCUGUUAAUGACUUAGCACGCCCAAGUGGUAGUGAGCAAACCCCUGGUUUUGUAAAUAAUCUGAACAGGAUUUAUAGCACCACAUCGUGGGAGCAGCCUAAAUCCGAGGUUGCAGAAAAUUCAAGGAACAAUGAGGCCAUCAAUGGUUUUUUAAAUGAUUCCCAACCUACUGCCGAUUCCAUCUCCGAGCUUAGGUGGAGAAAUGGUGGGCAAAACGUCCAGCAGAGUGCAUUGGCUGACAAUUCUUCUGCACUUAUGCCAUCAUCUGUCAGUUAUCCGAACUUUGAUCUGCUGUCAAGCAAGUUUAUACUGUGUUGGCUUCAAUGAACAGGGUGCAAAUGGAGCUUUGAGCAUAAGUGAAAAGUUUGACAACACUUCAUGUUUGGAAGGAUUAAAGUCGAGUAGUUUAGAGCAGUUUGAGCAUGACUUUCUGACUGCUCAAGC